AUGUCUGCCUACAGUAGGCAUCGUGGCUAUGAGGAGGAUGCAGAUUACCCCAACUAUCUGGGGUGUCAGAACCCAAUGCAAGGAUAUUCGAAAACCCAGGGCUACCCCAUCACCGGACGCAACCCCUACUCUGCAGGUUCCAGGAUGAACCCCGACUACCCAGGGUCUCUCGCAGAGCCAGAUUAUCCUGAAUCUACUGCUUAUCUGAGCAACAGCACGAAUCCCUAUGCUGAAGGUUCCAGAACAGGUUCAGAUAAUUACACAUCUCGGCAAGAGCCAGAUUAUUUUGGCUUUUCAAGGAAUCCAUCAUCCAGAGAGCCUGACUCCCCUAGAUGGCAACCGAAUCUUGAUAUUGCCAGCUCCAGGACACAUCCACGCUAUUUGGGGUCCUUGGGAGAACCCGACUACCCUGGAGCUCAGGAUCGCUCCCGCCAGCCUUCCUCCAGAGAUGAUUCCAGCCACCGAGGCCCCAGAAGGAUGCUAGAACACCCUAGUUCCAGAGUCAGUCCCUACACAGACUCCCUGGCCGAGCCUGACUAUCCAGGUGCUCACCAUCAGCCUAACACUCUACUCGUAUUUGAGAAACCAGUCUACCCUAGUUCUGAGGAUGAUGUAGACCCCGCAAAUUUCUGGGGGGAACCUGAUUACCCAGGUGCUGAGGAUGGUCACCGUUAUGGCUCUUCUGAGACCCCAGGAACAGCCAGAGGGUAAGUUCUGUCACGGGUGGGAUCCGACCCACCCUCAUUCCAUUGCAGGAAGGAUGGCUCCUUGGGCUUCCUUAGGAGAGAGGAUGAAGAUUACUCUGAAAGCAUUGAAAUGGCCUCCAUGCAGCUGUCACCUCCACAUGGCCGCUAUCUGCCAGGCGCUCCUGCCAUGGGCCACGUAAACCCUGCUUAUGUGGAUGAAAACAGCCCUGUCAGUGCUUAUGGAGACUCACCAGUGCCUGACUAUGAUUGGCACAAGUCGCCCCAAGGACAAAAGUUAAUUGCCUCCCUGAUCCCCAUGGCAUCCAGAGACAGGAUUAAAACCAUCCGGAGCCAGCCAAGAAGUAUGGAAGAGAAAAGGAGGCUCAGGAGAAUAGUUGACAAAGAGAAAAGUAAACAGUCCCACCGCGCCCUCAAGAUGAAGUGCUGUACGCAGUGUUUGAACUCGGUCUCUCGGGCUUACCGGAGAUGCAAGAACAGCCUUUCGGAGCUCCUCAAUUCCAUCAGUCUGUGGCAGAAGAGGUUCAAGGUCAUCGGCGGCAAGUUUGGAACCAGCGUCCUCUCCUAUUUCAGCUUCCUCAGGUGGCUUUUGAAGUUCAACAUCUUCUCGUUCAUUGUGAACUUCAGCUUCAUCGUCAUCCCUCAGUUUACCGUAGGGGAAUGGAACACCCUCCAGUUCACCGGGCUGGAGUUCUUCACUGGAGCAGGUUAUUUUCGGGACACAGUGAUGUACUAUGGCUUUUACACCAAUUCUACCAUCCAGCACAGAAAUGGUGGGGCUUCCUACAACAUGCAGCUGGCCUACAUCUUCACGAUCGGCGUGUGCUUGGUCAUCUGCUUCUUCAGUUUGCUGUUCAGCAUGGCCAAGUACUUCCGGAACAACUUCAUUAACCCCCACAUUUACUCCCGAGGCAUCGCCAAGCUGGUGUUCUGCUGGGACUUCACUGUCACCCAUGGGAAGGCCGUGAAGCUCAAACAGAAGAACCUCAGCACUGAAAUACGAGAGAACCUGUCGGAGAUUCGUCAGGAGAACACCAAAUUCACGUUCCACCAGCAGCUGACCCGCUUUUCUGCCCACGUGGUGGCCUGGCUUGUCUCUACAGGAAUGGCCGCAACCUGCUGUGUAGCUGUGUAUUACUUGUCUCAGUUCAACUCUGAGUUCCUGAAGACACACAGGAACCCCGGGGCCGUGCUCUUACUGCCUUUCGUCGUAUCCUGUAUCAACCUGGCUGUACCACGCUUUUACUCCAUGUUCAGGCUUGUGGAGAGGUUUGAGAUGCCACGGCAUGAAGUCUACGUCCUCCUGAUCCGAAACAUCUUGCUGAAAAUAUCCAUCAUUGGCAUUCUUUGUUACUACUGGCUCAACAUCGUGGCUCUGUCAGGAGAAGAGUGUUGGGAGAGCCUCAUUGGCCAGGAGAUCUACCGGUUCCUCCUGAUGGACUUCGUGUUCUCCAUAGCAGAUUCCUUACUGGGGGAAUUUCUUCGGAGGUUCUCUCCUGUCAUUCUCAUCUACAUGUUGUUGCGGCCUUCAGCUGACUGCGGCCCCUUUCGAGGGCUGUCCUCCUUCAUCGAGGCUAUCUACAGCUGGAUUGAUACCCUGAGCAGGACGCCCGGCUACCAGUGGGUUGUGUGGAUCUAUCGGAAUCUCAUCGGCCGGGUGCACUUCUUCUUCAUCCUUACUCUCAUUGUGCUAAUCAUCACAUAUCUUUACUGGCAGAUUACAGAGGGAAGGAAGAUUAUGAUCAGACUGCUUCACGAACAGAUCAUUAACGAGGGUAAAGACAAGAUGUUCCUGAUAGAAAAGUUGAUGAAGCUGCAGGAUGCAGAGAAGAGAGCAAACCCCAGCUCACUUGUCUUAGAAAGGAGGGAGGCGGAGCAGGAGCAACAGGACCCUUUGUAUUGGGAGGAGCGUGAUUCUGCGCCUGACCUGAGAUUCAGGCGAUCCGUUCAAGAAGAGAACCCAAGAGCCUGAUGACUACUGUGGCUAGUAGACCGAACCAGUUAAAACGACAAAAAUGGAGUUUCUUCCAGGACACCAGAGCAAGGGCCUGGAGGAGCUUCCCAGAGAGGAUGCCAUGCCGAGAGGGCACAAGAACCCACAGUGCAAAUGGCCAAGUAAAAUGGGGGCUGUAUGCUGCUAUUUUUCAAACCUGGAUUGCUGAUUUUUUUCAAGACAGAAAAAAAAAAUACUUAGGGUUUUCCAAUAAAGACUGUGGUGAUAAUGAAAUUAACUCAUUCACACACCUGGGAAGAGAUCAGCAGAGAACCAUGCAUCUUAUCUCUAAAUGUUAUGCCUGAAUCACUGAUCCUUAGGAAUCUCUCCCUCCCAGAGCUGGCAGAGGU